UAUAACUCCACCUGUGCCAGCAGCUGCAGACCACCAAAUGCUCACAAAACAGACCUGGAGUCAAAUCAGACCUCCUAUCAAUCGGCUACAGCCAUGUAUCUUCCAGCUAGGUACCUGCGUCGUUCAGAUAUGGUGUUGUGGAUGCCCUGCCCUUACGCUCCCGCCUCAGUUCACCUGCGCCUUCCGAAGAAAACAGGUGAGUGGCGCUUGUCGAAUCUACAAUAGUGAGUCUGCUUUGACUACAUUCUACAUCAUCCCCUCAGGGGACAAACCCUGUGACUGUGCGGGUCUUCUACGAGUCCUUGGGCACAGUCCAAUCGAAGGCUGGGUGACACGUAGGCCUGGUCGCAAUUCCAACUAUCCCUGUUGACUCGGGCAGCCAACGACAACUGUGCCCACCAGUCGCCCCAAGCGAGAACUUUGUGCCCAAGGAACUAAGCGGACAAAUACGAGAGGACCACAAGAACAGCAUGUGGCACAAGACUCACCCAAUGCAGACUGGUACACUGCCUUUGUGACGGCUGCCUUGUCGGCCCAGCGGACUGCGGCUCGCUGCCUCUCAGCCGCAGAAGUCGAGUGCAGGCGACUGAAAAUCUCCGAUCAGAGGAUGUUAUUCUCCAUCAACUACCACAGACACCUCCUGUCAACCAGUUUCUAGGAAGAGAGACUCGUGAAGCCAAGAGGCCGACUGGAGCAUUUCAUCAGCGGUAGAGUAUCUAGCCGAAAUUUUCCUCCUGCAAUCCCCUGGAUUUCAUCUCCAGGCGUUAAUCGGGAGAGCCCCUCCUUUGGAAGGCCUCACCGCCAACAAUGCCUGAAAAUCAGGUAUCCGCCGUCGUUCCAGUACCUGCUCAAGGAAAUGUCACUUCAUUCACUCAACAGGGCCAGCUUGACUGGGUAGCGCUCUCCAAAGCACCAUUUUCAGCCUCGAUUUCGAUCCUAAGCCGACUCGCGAACGCGGGCAUCGAUCCAAUUACUGUUGCGUUUGGACAAGCAAUGUGCGGCGCUUUGCCUCUUGGUGUACAUGGAGAAAAGGUCCUCGACGAGGCAGUCAAGAAGCUGACUGCGUUCUCAAGUUUCGGAGAUAUCAUCUGGUUCGGAAUCGGGAUUCGACAUAUCCUCAGAGACUUGGUCCAGACGUCAGAGGGCUCGGCGUUAGUGGCGCUUUGCGGAGCCUUAAGUGAGGCAUACACUCAUGAGAUCUCAGCGUUGGUCAUAGUCGAAAUUGCGAAGCUUUCUGGGAGCCCCGAAGGACUGAGACCUUCGUACACCCAGUGGAAAUCUCUCAUGAAAGUCUGUGGAGUCGUCUUCAAUGAAAGCUCGUUGGGCCUACGACUAGAGCAUUUCAGAAGACUGGGUGGUGUUACAGACUACAGUCCUAGCCACCCCACGGAUCUGGCCCAGGUUAUUCUGGCGAUAGGACGGGUCUCAAGCGGAAGGCUCGACUCUGUGUCUGUCCGUGGAGGAUCAGCUUGCAGCUGGGUUGCCGCUUGGGCAGAGUUUGUCCUCGGUUUACGGGUGCUCGUACGGUCUCAAGAUGGCUCCCUUUUAUACAUCAACUAUGAUACCAGACUGCACAGUGGUCAGGUCAUACUCGAGUUCCAGGGCGAGGGACAGCCUACGGCAAGCUUGGAAUGCGUUGCUCAAACGAUCUUCGUUCGUUCGGGAACUUCAUUCAUUAACGAAUGCUUCGGCAACCAGCAAUCGCGUCUGCCUGACGUGACAUUUUUAGGUGGAAGGCUGGAGUGGGAUUCGAUGCUGUCACAAACUUUCUUCGACGAUUUUUUAGAUUUGGUUGGUGUCGAAGAUACUGACUCCGAGGACAUCGAGAUGCCACCAGAGCCACAAUUACCUAGUCUAUCCGGAGUCACGCAAUACAGAAAUCGCCUCCCCGCGCUCUUUGCAAGGUCAUUCACAUUAGGCUGCGCAAUCCUGGUGUUUCACACCCCUUUAAUCCAACGGUUCGGUGAUCUUCGUUCAUUUCUAGGCUUUAUCCUCGAUCAACUACUAGAAUUGCGCCCUGCGCAGGCACGACUCUUCCGGGAGUCUACGGUCCUUGAGGAAACUGGACUAUCCACAUUCGCAGGGCUCAAAUACGAAUAUUCGACAUCUUUGAGCCCCAUUUGCCUGGCAUGUUCUUGCUAUUUAUGCCUUAAAAAUGAGCCUAAGCCAAGAUCAAGGACUACCAGAAAGAAGAGACAGUGGUGCAUGAUAGGAAUCACAGAGGUCAGUCUUCGAUUAGCCUUUCUUCUGUCAAACCUGGUCUUGAACUCUCCACUGCGUCCAAAAGGUGUCGCUUUGAUGAACAUGUACGAGAACUGGCGCAAUUUGAGGGACAGCAUUUUCACUUUCGACCAUGACAUGACUAGAUGGGAUCUCCUGGCCAUCGGACCGAGACUAGCAGCGUAUGCGAACCUCUUUACUGGAUCGACUCUACAAAAUAAAAGUUCAACUCAAAAAAGUGCGAUCAAUGACGGAAAGAUUUAUCUCUACGUCAAAACCCUAGAAAAGCUGACAGACUGCGCUGAGCAAGCCAUGAUUGUCCACGUUGGAUCAGGGUCCAUCGAGUACGAUUCGCGGCCUUAUGAUGCAGUGUAUGACCUUUCAUCCAGAUCAGAAAGACAGCAAUACUAUGCAGCAAGGCGUACCACAGUUGUCGACGGCAUUGACAAGCUUGAUCAAGACACUUCAACAGUUCCACUAAGCCUCAAGGCGUUUGCGGAAGAAAAGGCCGACACCUUGUCGUUCUGGUACCAAGUCAGUUCAAAUUCAGGUACGGUCACGAUAUCGCCGGCGAAUCUCUUGCAGAUGUUAGUGGGUGCAACACGGUAUCUCAAUGGGGACUUCUUACAGACCGAAUCAGACUCCAAAGAAGGACUUUUGCUGCUUCAGAGCUCACAAUAUAUCCUGGUGGAAGGCGAAGGCGGCGUGGAAUAUUCUGAGAACUGUCAUUUACUUCGACCGCACAAGUCCAACCAGGUGGCCCGGUGUGUUGCUCUCUGCAGAUCGGAACAGAAAGUGGUCCUCGUCAAAAACCAAGCGCAACUAAUAGCAUUUGCAAAGUUUUUCGCCCACGCCAGGGCGAAAAAGCCUUCUACUCCUUACUAUGCCAUCGUGUCUUGAAGGCACAUCCUGGACCCGUCGGCCAACGCGGCUCAUCCCGAAGUCUCAUGGUGAUAAGAGUGGUAGGGACGGAUGGAGAAGCUCGAUUAUGAACUGACGGGGAGGGAAUGUCAUUGGUAGGGUAACAGAGAGGUGGAAGACUUGGCUGGAGUUUACUUCGAAUAACUCAAGUGCGUCUUUCUCAGAUGUUAUCUUGGGUAUUCCGUAGUACUCUCAUGGUCAUAUUAGUGCUUUCGACGUGAUGGUCCAGCGGUAGGCGGGCAUAUUUGUGACGUCUCACCGUGGAUACUCUAGGGGCUAUUUGGCGGCUU